AUGUGGCCAUGUGGGUAUGUCUGGGUAAUGAGCCAGAAACAAGAGAGAGGUGAUAAUUCGGUGUUCUUCGCCCAAGAAGGUAAAUCACAACAUGGGGAGUAUGAUGGGCCUGAUCAUCAGUUUGCUGCAAUGCUUGAAAUGGAUGUCUUAGAAGACACCCCUGGAGUAAGAUUUGAUGACGUGGCAGGGUUGAGUGAAGCAAAAAGACUUCUAGAAGAAGCUGUGGUUCUACCUUUAUUGAUGCCUGAAUAUUUCCAGGGAAUUAGAAAGCCAUGGAAAGGUGUUCUUAUGUUUGGUCCACCUGGCACUGGGAAAACGCUACUCGCUAAAGCUGUUGCCACGGAGUGUGGGACCACAUUUUUUAAUGUUUCUUCUGCCUCCUUGGCUUCAAAAUGGCACGGAGAAAGUGAACGCAUGGUUCGAUGCUUGUUUGACUUGGCCCGCGCUUAUGCUCCAAGCACAAUAUUCAUUGAUGAGAUUGAUUCUCUUUGCAGUUCUCGUGGAGCCACAGGGGAAAGUCAGGCUUCAAGAAGGGUUAAAUCCGAACUUCUAGUUCAGAUUGAUGGUGCAAACAGCUCAAGAACUAAUGAAGAUGGUAGCCAUAAACUAGUGAUGGUGUUGGCAGCUACAAACUUUCCAUGGGAUAUAGAUCAAGGACUAAGGCGGCGAUUGGAAAAACGUAUAUAUAUUCCUCUGCCAAAUUUUAAGAGUAGAAUGGAGCUUAUAAAGAUUAAUUUGAAGACUGUUAAGGUAGCUGCUGACAUGGACUUCACUGUUAUAGCACGCCGGACAGAUGGAUACAGUGGUGAUGAUUUGACAAACGUAUGCCGUGAUGCAUCUUUCGAAGGCAUGCGACGUAAAUUAGCAGGAAAAACACGUGAGGAAAUUAGAAACAUGCCUAAAGAUAAUUUUGCAAAAGUGCCGGUCACCAUGCGCGACUUUGAAGAAGCCAUCAAAAGAGUCCAACCCAGUGUUUCUGCAGUUGAUAUUGAACGCCAUGAAAAUUGGUAUUUAGAAUUUGGAUCUGCUUAGAUCACUCAUUGACUCGCAUUCCGUCUCACUGAUGUUGCACAAUAUACAACUAACUGAUGCGGGAAAAACAGU